AUCGCUUUCGUAAACAAAGUAUAGAAACGUAAACAACACUUUUUCCCUUGAAAUGGAUUGUUCAAAUUUAUAGAAUCUCGUAAAUUUUCAAUAUAAAGUGUAUAAAAUGUGUUUUUCCUAAUUAAUCAUGUAACGUUUUAUAGCAUUCAGUAUCGAGGGAAUUGGUGAGGCUGCAGAAAAAAGAAAACGAACCGGGCUAAACCAGGGACGGCAAUUUGACGCCUAAUUUCAGUAUGGAUUACAACAUAAGUCGUUUGUGCCGAGUGUGCCUGGAGGAGGGUGUGUUUGCAUCGAUAUUUAGCACCGACCUGGUCCCAAUGGCACCGGCUAACAUGCUUGUAAUGUGUGCGAACAUAAAGGUAUCGAGAGACGAUGGUUUACCAAGCACGAUUUGCAACAACUGCAUGUACCGACUGGGGGUGGCAUUUCAUCUCAAACAACAGUGUGAAAAUUCUGACAUGAGACUGCGGCAGUACAUGAACGGCGGAUCUGCCAUGAACUACAGCUACACGCUGGACAAAGAAACGAUGACGGAUGAUUCGUGGCUCCUGUCGGGCAUUGACCACAAAGGCGAUGAACAGAAAUCAGCAGAGAAAAAAUCGAACAGCAGGAAACGGUACAGACAGAAGCUGCCGGAAGAGCGCAAGAAGAGAGGACCAAAACCGAUGCCGAAGAUACCGCAAACAUGCUACCAGUGUCACAAAUCGUUCAAAUGUGCCGCACAGUUACAAAUGCACUUGAGGACUCAUUCCGGCGAGAAGCCGUACGCGUGCAACAUUUGUCCACGACGCUUUGCUCAGAAGCACAAUCUUGCCAUCCACGUACGCACACACACCGGCGAACGGCCGUACCAGUGUGAGAUCUGCAGCAAACAGUUCUCCGCACUGGGGAACUUUCAAGCCCACAAGAAAAUACACACCAACGAGCGGGAUCACGUGUGCCCGUCGUGCAACAAGGGCUUCAUCACAUCCGGCGAUCUCACGCGUCACAUGAUCUCGCACUCGGGCAUCAAAAACUAUCACUGUGAUAUCUGUGCCAAAAGCUUUAGCCGCAAUCGCGACAUGAUGGCCCACAAGCGGAAGAUGCAUUUGAACGAGUGUGGCAACGAAAGUUACAAAUGCCACGAGUGUCACAAGGUGUUUGCCACGCUGAACAAUCUGAACGUUCACCUGAGGGUACAUGCGCAGGAACAGGCGAACAUUUCGGUAGCGGAUCCGGCGGGUGAACUAAUGCCACCAGCACCACCACCCCAACAACACCAGCAUCAGCAACAAUCGCCACAACAGCAUCAGCAGCUCCAGCAUCAGCAAGUUCCAGUUGCAAUUCCGCUUGGACUCGGACCACCGGGACCGCUUGGCGUUGGUUUGGGCAUGCUGCCGUAUCCUUCCUCACACGUCCCAACACAUCCACCCGCUCAGGUAGCGUAUCACAGCCAGAUGCAUCCAUCCCAGCGAUUGCAUCCGUACUGAUGCAAAAAACCCCCUUCCCGAAAGCCAUUAACAUCACAGCGUAGAAUGAACGGAUCUACAUCACGCGAAUUGCAUUCAUCGGUUACUAUUUAUUUAACUUGCAAGGAAUAAAAUUUGUAUUUGCACAUAA